UCCGCCCCCACCGGAUGGCAAACGAUGGACAAGACGGUCCGCGAGAUCGACGAAGCGAAGGUUCGAGGGCCCAAGGAAGAUAUUGACACACUUCUCGUCUUUGCUGGUUUGUACUCCGCAGUUCUGUCCGCCUUCCUCGUCGCAGUCUACGUCAGUCUGCUACCAGAUCCCAGCACCCAGGUCAUAUACUUGCUUGAAGAAAUUGCCGGAAAAAAGCCACGUGAACCGCCACCCUUCGUUGCCCCAGAAUGGGCCGUUCAUGUCAACGGACUCUGGUUCGCAUCCCUCAUCAUCAGCCUUGCGACUGCAUCCUUUGGCAUGCUUGUUAAGCAGUGGCUACGGGAAUACCUUGCUGUCGAAGGGACAUCUCCGCAAGAGCGCCUCCGUACGCGGCAGUACCGCAAGCCGGAAUUGGACAAAUGGAAAGUCUACGAGAUCGCUGCUGUACUACCCAUGCUUCUCCAACUCUCCUUAGGAUUAUUCUUCAUCGGCCUG